AUGAACGUAAUCAAAUGGGCUCUUGUCCAUCUUUGCGUGAUUGCGAGCUUAUGGCAUACCGUCUAUUGCCAAAACACAGUGAAUUCACUUAAUCUCAACCAAACAUGGCAAGCUACCUUCCCCCCACCAGAGUCUUCAUCAGUUACAUCUUCCAGCGACAUGGUUCAAAAGUGGAGUGUGACGAACCCAAACUUCUUUGGUGCUAAUGAGGACGUAUCGUUUGUAACGGACCCAUUCAAUCAAAGCGAAACUAGCAGCGUUUUACAAAUCGUUUAUAAUGAAGGGUCUUUUUCACCCAGAGCCAGCACAGAAACAGGAGGCGCAGAAUUCUUCAUGCAACCCUUUGGAGAUCAAGCGUUUGACAAGGCACUCCUCACCUAUGAAGUCGCAUUCGAUAAAAACUUUGCUUGGGUGAUGGGUGGUAAAUUACCUGGAUUGUAUGGUGGACCUCCGGGAUCAGGAUGCAGUGGUGGAUCGCAGUCUGAUGGCACGAACUGCUUUUCCAUGAGAAUGAUGUGGCGAGCUGCCGGCGCUGGUGAAGCAUAUGCGUAUAUACCUCAUUCAUCUGACUUGUGUUCGACUCCUUUAACCAUGUGCAACGAUGAAUUUGGCGUGUCGAUAUCGCGUGGUUUGAUUCAAUUCAAGCCAGCUGUUUGGACCAAACUUCAAAUGUAUGUUGAAACGGGUACUGCCGGCCAAAACAAUGGUAUACUCAAACUAUGGCAAGAUGGUUCAUUGGUCAUCAGUCGAAGCGAUCUACAAUAUCGUUCCAACAACAUGAUUCAGCUUUCAAGCAUCAUGUUCUCAACAUUUUUUGGUGGUAGUACUUCAGCAUGGGCUACCCCCAACACCACGCAUACAUUUUUCAAAAACAUUCAGUUGCAAAGCGUCUUCAACGGUGGCUAG